AUGGCUGAGUUCAACAGCAUCACAACUGAGAAGAUGACAUGCUUCGUAAGGAUUGGUGGACUUGUCUCCCCGGAGGAUGUCGUUGUUUGUGCUCGUGUCCUUCGCAAGAUAGUACAGAUUGAUGGGAAGACCGUACGCACGCGUCUUGAUACCGUAGCAGAAGUGACAUUGCUGAGCACAGCAGACUGGUCCGCCAUGAGUCGACCGAAGCUGCAGUCACGCCGUCUGACACUGAAGUCUGCCAACAAUAAUCGAUCGACGUUCGGGGAUGCCACGAAUGCAACUUCAUCAUUGAUGGUCAUCGAGGAUAUGGCAGAGAUCGCUUACCUUGCUUACGUCAUCAACGCACAAGGACGACGCUCCGAUCCAGAAAAGAUCAAAGCUAUCCAGAAGAUGCCCGCUCCAAAGGACGCCAGUCAACUUCGUUCUUUUCUGGGACUUAUCAAUUUCUACGGGAACUUAGAUUCGGAUCUCCGUAACCUAAGCGCUCCUUCGGACACUUACGAAAAAAAAUGUUGUCUACACGUUGACACCGGAGUGCCAGUCUUCCUUCGACAAAAUCAAGCCAAUCCUAUGCUUGGAUCUUCUGUUGAACCACUUCGACCCAAGUCUCCCGAUCAUCGUUGCCGCUGA